AUGGUUCACAAUAUUGAUCCAAAUCCGAUUCGUCUUUACAUCCCCGAAGAACUUCUACGAGCCGAUGUACCUGCAUCGAGAAUGGAUUGGGCAGAUUUGAUCAACCGACAAGAUUAUGUCGAUAUUCCAAUUGCUCAAGACCAGAUCGACAUGUGGAUGGAGAUCACGGAUUGGUAUGAAAGAUCCACUAAUAGUAGAUCUAAUCGAAGUAUCACCAAUUUCAGUAGGGCUAUCCUCCAUUCUCCAGCAUACACUGUCGACUUUCCGGUGGAUAUGGUGCACAUCAAGGAAGAGGUAGAAGAUUCGAACAUCCCAAGCAUGUCUCAAAUCAAUAAACAGCUUAGAGCUCUUACCGAUCGUAUGAACAAGUCGCAAGCCGCUCUCGAAGCUUCCAUAAUGGCUAAAGUCAAUGCUCAUCUCAACACACUUACCGAUCGAGUAGACAAGCUCGAAUCGUCUCUUGAUGACAUCACCAACCAUGUCAAGCAAUUUGACGAAAGGUUCUCUCACCUUGAAGCUCGGAUCGAUGACAUCACCACUGAACGGCGAAUCAACUCGAUCAACCUAUUUCACCCAUCUCUGGCGCCCAUCUCUGGCGAGGCCAAUCACCAAGCCCAAGAGGAUCUUACUAUCCGUCUCGAUCGUCUUUCCGAUAAACUUGUCCUCACAACUUCUCAAAUUGAUCGACUUGACAACAAGGUCGAUCGAUUGGAUGGUAAAGUUGACAGAUACGAUAUCAAGGUCGACAAGCUCGAGAUCAAAAUUGAUAAACAUCAAGAUGUAAUCAACAUUCAUGAUGAAAAGCUGCAAGGUAGUUCCGAAACCAUCGGAGUUAUGGAUGAUACCAUCUCACAAUUGGGAGACAAAUUGAAAGAACACGCAGUACGAACCGAUGAGAUGGAUCAUCAACUCAAGAGACUGGAGGGGCAAAUGAACGAUAGGAUCAAAGAGGAAGAAAAGAUGGAAGUUACCAAGAGAUCGAUUAAGACCGAUCAUGAUGGUUUGAGAAAGGAAUUCAACAAUUUCGUUGAGCAAGUCAAUGUUCGAGAAAUGAACCGAGUUCUCCUCGAAAUACCUAGAAGGGCUCACCCAGUAUCAAACCUCAGAGGAGAUUCCAAUCCUUCCAAAACAUCCAACAACGGGUAA